CGAAACACCACAGAAGAAGAAGACGUCAGCGGCUGGUGGUUUUUGAACCUCUCUGAUGGAAACGCGGUUGAUGGGAAAGUGGUCGAAAAUUUGAAUUCCUGUCGGCAGCGAAGCUGCGAUCCAAGUGGACUGUACAUAGGAAGAAAUCUACACCAGGGUCCUACAUGGCUGCUCCAACAUUACAGCAGCCCAGUUUCCUACUGGCCAAUCUUAAAGCUGAUUCCACCACCAAACCUCUCCUCCAGCGAUGCCAAGAUCUGACCAAGAUCAUCGAUGACUAUCCAGCAAAGGAGCUGCACCUGAUCUUCCCCUGGCUGGUGGAGAGUGUGUUUGGCAGUCUGGACGGCAUUAUCGCUGGCUGGAAUCUGGGACUCCUGCAUUUACGGAGCAAUGACUACAAAAUCGUUCUGGAGUUUCUAAAACCCAGUGGGCCGAUGAUGAAGCUUGUGUAUAAACUUCAAGCAGAAGAGUAUAAAUAUGAAAUACCUGUCAAUUAUCUCCCGGGCCCAGUGAAGGCCUGCAUCCAGGAAGGAGUCCUUCCAGACUGUCCCCUGUUCCACAACAAGCUGCAGUUCCCCCUGUCCGGUCUGCUGUCUCUGAACCUCGCUCUCAAUCCAUUUGAAUUCUUCAUGUUCAAUUUUGCCUACUGUCUCAUCACGCCAAAGAGCUACCCUCCAGGCCAACAUGGAAGCUCCACUGACAGCGCAUACUUUGUGCUCGUGGACACUUACCUCAAAUACUUCCUCCCCAGUGAAGGAAGUGUACCGCCCUCGCCUUUCUCUGACUCCAGAGGCUCCGUCACUGCACCUUCACCCAGAUCUUCAAGUGUUUCCUUUGCUGGUUAUGGCGUUCACAGCCCCAGCCUCCUGAAACAUCACAUAUUCCAUCAACCGUCAGUUAACGCAGACCCCGCAGCCCAGGAGAUCUGGAGGUCUGAGACACUGUUACAGAUGUUUGUGGAGAUCUGGCUCCAUCACUACUCCUUAGAGAUGUACCAGAAGCUGCAGUCUCCUCAGGUGAAGCUGGCGCUGCUGCAGUACCGCCUCAGUAUGUCCAGCAUGCCGUGCCAACCCUACGCCCCACCAGGCUCUGGGACCCUCCACACCUACCAAGUACUUUUACCUUUUCAUUCACCCCCGCCCCUCUGGGGCCUCCUGGAGGAGCCCUUCAGCCCGACAGAGGAGCACGUGCUGGUGGUGCGUCUGCUGGUCAAACACCUGCACGCCUUCUCCAACAGCCUGAAGCCCGAGCAGCUCACCUCCUCGCCCUCCGCCCAGUCACACACCCACACCAGCCCGCUGGAGGAGUUCAAGAGAGUGGUGGUGCAGCGUUUUGUCCAACAGAAGCUCUACCUGUUUCUGCAGCACUGCUUCGGUCACUGGCCUCUAGAUGCGUCUUUCAGAGCGGUGCUGGAGACGUGGCUGAGCUACAUCCAACCAUGGAGAUACACCGGAGAGAAGACUAACGCUCAGCCACAGACGGAACAGAACAGGACGGUACCUGACAAGUGGGAGUCGUUUGUUCAGGAGAACCUGCUGAUGUACACGAAGCUCUUCCAAGUGUUUCUGAACAGAGCCGUCAGGACGGAUCUGGUCAACGCCAAAAACGCUCUGAUGGUGUUCAGAGUGGCCAAAGUGUUCGCUCAGCCAAACCUCGCCGAGAUGAUCCAGAAAGGAGAGCAGCUGUUCCUGGAGCCGGAGCACGUCCUCCACCACCGGCAGCCCCGCGGCUACAUGACGCCGAGCCAGGGCGGCAGCUACCUGUCGUCCCGGCAACGUGUGGUCACAGACCUGGUGUUCAGGGUGAAGAGCCACGUCUACGCUCUGGAGGGCCAGGACUGCCAGUACAAACAGAUGUUUGGCUCCGAGCUCCGAGGGGCAGUCAUGAAGUUAAUCCAGAUAAUUGCACAAGCCAGACAGACAGCCAAGAGGAUAUCGGACCAUUCCAACGAGGUGGCGGCCAAUAACUCGUUCAUGUCGUGGUUUGGGAUGGGCUCCUCCGAUCCCAACAACACCUUCUCCGGGGCCGAGCCCGAGGAGAGCGGGGAAUGUCUGAAAAAGACCCACGAAUUCCUGGACAGAGCUCUGGAGAACCUGUGUCAAAUCUUCAAGCUGAACCAGGGGCAGCUGUCUCAGCUGAUAUCCAACCUGGGCUCCUCUCAGGAUGAGGGCAGCUGCAAACAGCUGCCAGACUGCAUCCAGGGAGAGAACGGGCUGAUUCUGACCGACCUGGGCAGGAGGCAGAUCAUUAGUGGGCUGCGCAGGUUUGACAUUCAGUAUCAAGGAGACCCGGAGCUGCAGCCCAUAAGGAGCUAUGAGAACGCCCUGCUGGUCAGGCUGUUCUACAGGAUCUCUUCUCUGGUUAAUGAGAGGUUCGGAGGACACAUGGCGGCGCUCUGCUCCCGUCCGGACCUCCUGGGGCGCCUCGGUCGUCACUACUUGGCGGAUCCCGAUCCGAGCACCAAGCUGAAGCAGAGCCCGAUAACCAGGCGGACGUUAGAGCGGAGCCAGCGGGCGAGGCUAAGCCUGCGCCCGCUGGCCAGCUACAGGACGAUCCUGCUGCUGCUGCUCUGCUACGCGUUCGGAGCUCUGCUGUCGCUGGGCCCCGUGUCCAGCACCCUGCUCAUCCUCACGGGGGGCUUCCUGUACGGACUGAUGAUGACGCUGUUCGGAGACAAACUGAAGACGCACUAGCCGAGCCGCGGGGUUCCUGACACACACGUCAUGUAUUUAAUCAAGUCCAGCUUUGAAUGUUUUGCAAAAAAAUGUGUGAAUGAAGUGUUGAGUGGUCACAUGCAACGUACGAUGUAUAUUUUUGAUCAAGGGCUGCACAUCACGCUUACUGUCAUAAUCAAUUAAUUAAUGGGUUAUUUAUCAUAAAAACAAGUAUAAAAAUGUCAAUUACAAACAUAAAGUCUUAAAAUCUCUUGUUUUUUCCAACCAAAACUCUAACACCCCCAAACAUCAAAUGUACUGUCUAAAGAUGAUGGAAAAAAUUGAUAUUUUUCCCAUUUUAGGAGCUUGAACAUCGUUGCAGCUCGGUUCUGAUUCUUGUAGAGGAAUAUUUCAUUAAAGUCAGUCGAUGUUAGAAAGGUAUGAUCCUGUUUUUCUUGUGUGAUAUGGCCCACUAAAGUGUUACUGCUUAUUUUCUGAACAUUAAACCAACUCUUUCGAUGUCCAGGACUUUUAAAGGGACAGCGUUUUUUAAAAGGUGGCGUGUGUGAGCCCUGCUGGCCGCAGACUGGCAGCUCUUUUGUUCUUGCUUUUGAUAUGACUGCUCAAGUGUUUUAAAUGUGGUUCAUUAAACCUGUAAAUAAAGUCAGAGUGUUGAUGCUCUGCUUGUGGGGCAGUUUUUUUGUUUUGUUUUUUCAACAAGCAUCUGAAAGCAGGUGAAAGCCAAAACAUUGUAUUCAAACUGACUAUUUUUCUCAGUGAGAGCAGAAUGCAUUUUUGUCCAAAAGAGUCAAUAAACCGUUUGCACUUG